AUGGCAGACGGUGUGUCCUCAGCAGCAACAACAACAGCGACAACGCAACAGCCGCAGCCGCAACAGCCGCAGCCGGAACAGCCGCAGCAGCCGCAACAACCGCAGCCGCAGGAGAUGCAGCCACAGCCGCAGCCGCAGCAGCUACGGCCAAAACGAAAAAAAAGAGGUGCCGGCCGCGCGCGGGCCCGCUGGCGAGAGCCCAGCGGGGCUUUUGGGGUGCUGGCCGAGGCGGUGACCGAGGUGGCGACGAUCGAGGUGGCGGCCAAGGUAGCGGCCGAGGUGGCGGCCGUGGUGGCGGUCGAGGUGGUGGCCCAGGCGAGCGAAAUAUUAGGCGAGGUGGUGGCCGAGGUCUGGUCUGAUUACGGGGUGACACAUAUAGCGAAGAGCGUGUCGACGGUCCAGCCACGUCUUUCCGCGUUGGUGAACAAUGUCCAUAUAUUGUCGGUCGUGCCGUUAUUCAUUAGACUAAAGUCUGGUCCCCAUAUCGAGCGUUCGGUCGAUAUGUUCGGAUAG